GCGCUUUUUCUCUCUGCUGACGCCGCCGCCGCCGGGAGCCGUACCCCGGGAGAGCCCCCCAGCCCUUAUCAAACCCUAAAUCAAAAACUAUCCAAAAAAAUCCGCAAAAAACUAGAAAAAAUCCCAAAAAUCACCACUUGAUUGGAGAUGGCGGCGCAAGGGCAGGCGGCGGCUGGAUCCGCGUCCGAGUCUGGCGGCUCACCGGCUGCCUCAGCUGCUGCAGCGGCGGCGGCUGCGUUCCCGGCGACUUCUCUCUACGUGGGUGACCUGCACGAGAGCGUUCAGGACGCACAGCUCUUCGACGUCUUCAGCCAGGUCGGCGGCGUCGUCUCCGUGCGCGUCUGCAGAGACAUCAACUCCCGCAAGUCGCUCGGCUACGCCUACGUCAACUACAACAACACUAGCGACGUUUGGAGCCCCUGCCCUUCUUUAUUCUUUUUGGCCUUGUAUUGAUCAGAGAUCUAUUGCAGCUGCACGGGCACUUGAACUGCUUAACUUCACUCCUAUCAAUGGAAAGCCUAUCAGGAUCAUGUAUUCUAACCGUGACCCCAGCUCGCGCAAAAGCGGUGCAGGAAAUAUAUUUAUUAAGAAUCUUGAUAAGUCAAUAGACAACAAAGCUUUAUAUGACACGUUCUGUGCAUUUGGGAAUAUCCUUUCAUGUAAAAUUGCAACAGACCCCUCAGGAGAAUCAAGGGGAUAUGGUUUUGUUCAGUUUGAGAUGGAUGAAUCCGCUCAGUCUGCCAUUGAUAAACUCAAUGGUAUGCUUAUCAAUGACAAGAAAGUGUAUGUUGGACCUUUUGUUCGUAAGCAGGACAGGGAAAAUGUCUCGAACAAUAUCAAAUUCAGUAAUGUGUAUGUGAAGAAUCUGUCCGAUACUGUUACUGAUGAUGAGUUGAAGGAGAUGUUUGGAAAAUAUGGAACCAUAACAAGUGCUGUUGUUAUGCGGGAUAGUGAUGGAAAUUCUAGGUGUUUUGGAUUUGUCAAUUUUGAAAAUGCAGAUGCUGCUGCUCAGGCUGUUCAAGAGUUGAAUGGCAAGAUAUUCAAUGAUAAGGAACUGUAUGUUGGAAGAGCACAAAAGAAGUCUGAAAGAGAGAUGGAGUUGAAGGAGAAAUUUGAAAAGAAUAUUCAAGAGGUAGCUGAGAAGUUCCAAAACACUAACUUGUAUCUGAAGAACUUAGAUGAUAACAUUGAUGAUGAAAAGUUGCGUGAAAUCUUUGCUGAGUAUGGCAAUAUUACUUCUUGCAAGGUUAUGCGGGAUUCUUAUGGUGUUAGCAGAGGGUCUGGAUUUGUUUCUUUCAAAUCUGCUGAAGAUGCUAACCGAGCUCUUACCGAGAUGAAUGGCAAAAUGGUUGGAAGCAAGCCCCUUUAUGUAGCUCUUGCACAGCGUAAAGAUGACAGAAAGGCAAAGCUACAGGCACAGUUUUCACAAAUGCGUCCUGUUGCAAUGGCACCUUCAGUAGGUCCUCGCAUGCCCAUGUUUCCACCUAGUGUUCCUGGAGUUGGUCAGCAGCUGUUUUAUGGUCAGCCACCUCCAGCCUUCAUCAACCCUCAGGCUGGAUUUGCUUUCCAGCAACCUAUGAUGCCUGGUAUGAGGCCUGGUGGUCCAAUGCCGAACUUUAUGAUGCCUAUGGUUCAGCAGGGACAGCAACCGCAACGUCCUGCUGGUAGGCGUGCUGGGUCUGGUGGAAUGCAGCAGCCCAUGCCAAUGGGUAGUCAGCAACAGAUAUUCCCUAGAGGUGGUCGUGGCUACCGCUAUGCUACUGGACGUGGAAUGCCUGAUCCUGGCAUGCAUAAUGUUGGUGCUGUGAUGCCAUCUCCAUAUGAGAUGGGAGGGAUGGCAAUGAGAGAUGCUGGUGUCUCACAACCUGUUCCAAUUGGGGCACUAGCCACUGCGCUUGCUAACGCCUCACCAGAUCAGCAAAGACUGAUGCUUGGUGAGAACCUGUAUCCUCUUGUUGAACAGCUGGAGCGUGAGCAGGCUGCCAAGGUCACUGGCAUGCUUUUGGAGAUGGACCAGACGGAGGUUCUUCACCUGCUGGAGUCGCCAGAUGCUCUCAAGGCUAAGGUUGCUGAAGCCAUGGAGGUUCUCCGCUCAGCCCAGCAUCUCCAGCAGAGCAAUGCCUCCACCGAGCAGCAGCUGGCUAAUCUAUCACUGAAUGAUGGCGUCCUCUCCAGCUGAAUGUUUCUGAUGAUUCAGAAAUUGCUGGCAAUUUUUGCUUGAUACCUAUCUCUAGAAUGCAAUUACUUUGUUUACUUUAUUGGAAUUUUAGGUGCUGCUCUAUAAUUAGCUGAACUAGGGGGUGGAUUUAAUUGCCUUGAAUUGGUUAUUUUGGUUAUAUGAAUAUGUUAUGUCGGAGCUCAGGUCUGUCAUUUUGGUAUAUGGUUAUGUUAGCCCUUGUCCGUUUAUCACCCGAAUUAUCACAGAUUGAAUUUUAGAGCGUCAUUGCUUUUCUA